AUGACCAAGGAGUCGUCUGUUUUCUUCCCCGAAGAAAUGCAGCACGUCCAAUUAGUCGUUCCGUACGAAAGUGCGGGCGCCACAAUUAGAUUGCUUGCUGAAAAGGAUUUAAUCCAUCUAAUUGACGAAAAUACUGGCAAUGACUCAGUAAACAAGCGCUAUACUGAGAGCUACAUUCACUGCGAAGAAGCAGAAAGAUGCCUUAACUUUAUCGGCAAUCAAUUAGAACAAUAUGAUCUUUUGCCACCUCCAAUUUCGCUGGCUACCUUCAAUGAGCAGGCGCAGAACAGGGAUAUCUCAGAGAACGAGCUUCGUCAGCAGAUUCUCGAAGCCGAUACUUCCCUCCACGAGCGUAUUACACGUACUCAGCAUCUCGAAGUUCAAUUACAGACAGCCGAGCACACAUUAGCAGCUCUUCGUUUCUACAGACCACUCCUUCAGGAGAGAAGAACAGCUAUCCAAGGCGGCGAGGCAGAAACAGAUAAAUCCUCUGCUUUUGAAAUGGAGCUCAUCGGAGGCUUGAACUUCCUCUUCUCUAUCACAGGUAUCAUCGAUUCAACCAAACUUCGCAGACUUCUCUAUACAUUCUACCGCAUUUCAAGAGGAAAUGUCUUUUCUUCAUCUGAUAUUUCAUCAUUUGAUGACAAAAAGUCUUUCUUCACAAUUUGGUUCCCAACAGAGUCAAUCCUCAGGAAGCUCAUGAACAUUGCACAGUCGUAUGGUGCAGAAGUCUUCGAAUUCCCAGCUGAAGAUGUAAAUCUCGACAAACUCGAAAACGAAUUGACAAACCAAAUCUACGAAAGCAAGAGUGUCCUCAGACAAUCUUAUGGAGACAACAAGAACUUCCUUCUUCAGCUUCAACAAACAUAUUGGUUCAAUCGCCUCUUCUACAUCCGCGAAAAGCAAAUUUACCAAUAUAUCGACUUUGCUGACUUCAAGACCAUUGAAGAUCGUGCAAUUUACAAAGGCUGGAUCGCCAAACGCCGCGUUUCCGAAAUCCAGCCACUUCUUGAUCAAGCACAAGAGAUCUCUGGCUGCGCCAUCCACACAACAAUCGAAUUCGAUACAGUUCCUGAGAAUCCACCAACCUAUAUCGAAACAAACUCAUUUACUUACGCAUUCCAGCUCUUCAACGACUCUUACGGUGUUGCCUGCCACAACGAAGUCAAUGGCGGCGCUUUCUACUGCAUGUACCCAUUCCUUUUCGGAAUUAUGUUCGGAGAUAUGGGACAUUCUCUUCUUUACCUCAUUGUCGCUAUUACCCUCAUCUUAAUUUCACCAAAGCUUCGUGAUGCCGGUGGCGAAACUAACGAUUUGAUUCUUAGUUUCAGAUGGUUCUUAUUAUUCAUGUCAAUUUGCGCUUUCUACUGCGGAUUUAUCUACAACGAGUGCUUCGGACUUCCGAUUGACUUCUUUGGCUCAUCGUAUGUCCAAGGAACGAAGGAAGGAAAGAAGAUCUGGACACAGAAGCCAAACAAGGUCUAUCCAUUCGGUGUCGACCCAGUUUGGAUGUUCAAAGAUAACGAACUUACAUUUAUAAACUCCCUUAAGAUGAAACUCGCCAUCAUUAUGGGAUUUUGCCAAAUGGCCUUUGGCAUGGUUCUCCAAUUCAUCAAGCAUUUUCACCGUCGCGACUGGCUCGAACUAUGUCUUUCAUGGCUCCCGCAAAUGCUUUACAUGUUCUCAUUUUUCGGAUACAUGGUCUUCAUUAUUAUCUUCAAAUGGUGCUCCCACCAUACUCCUGGCGAAGAGGGUGUCAACCUUAUCCAAGUUUUGAUCGGAAUGCUCCUUAGUUCCGGCGAUAAAAUUGAUAAAGGAUCUGAAUCUUACCUUUUCCCACACCAGAAGACAGUACAGAAUGCCAUUGCCCUUAUCUUCAUCAUCACCAUCCCAGUUCUCUUGUUCGCCAAGCCAAUUGUCGAAAUUGUCUGCCACAAAGGAAAAGCACACGGCGGAGUCAUGGAAAUCUUCGUUAUGAACCUCAUCGAUGUCAUUGAGUUCUGCCUUUCAAUGCUUUCACACACAGCUUCUUAUCUCCGUCUCUGGGCUCUUUCACUCGCUCACUCUCAACUUUCUCACGUUUUGUACGAGGAAAUCUUCAUUUUGACACUCAAGAUUUACAAUCCAGCCGCUUUCUUCUGUGGCUGGGCUGCUUUCGCUGUAGGAACAGUCGUAAUUUUGCUUGGUAUGGAGUGUUUCUCUUCCCUCCUUCACGCAAUUCGUCUCAUGUGGGUCGAGUUCUCUUCAAAGUUCUACACAGGUCAGGGAUACGAGUUCAAGCCACUCUCUUUCAAGGAGGCUGCUUACAAAGUUGGAAGCAAGUAA